AUGCCCCCAAAGAGGCCUAUAUCGGAAGUUGAAGGAGUAGAGGAAACAAAUGUGGAAUCUACAACUCGUGCUGCCCCCAAGGCUCGGCAGGAGUCAAUGUCUGCUCCUGUUGCAUUGAAAUCGCUGAAACUGCCACCAAAGUCCCAACCUGUGAUGCUCUCAAACUUCCAAAAGCCUGUUCAGCUCAUUUCUUUCUCUUAUACACCGGAAAGAAAGCAGCUAUUCGAUAACUCUGCGAUGAAGUUCUUUGUUGGACCACCUCGUGGUGCCGACUUGUCGUAUCGUUAUACAAAUUGGGUCAAAAGACCAGAGGAGAAAG